UAAAAUUUGAUGUUACUUUUGAGCUCUGUAAGCAUUGUACACAAUUCCUAAAAUAUGGCUAUGAUUUUAUAGUCGUGACUGAUUUGAUAUCAUCCUGUGGUAGAUCAAGUAAAGCUGGAAUCUCCCAAGGCUUCUCAGCUCAUUUAGGUUUGGCAGGAUCCAGAGUUCUUCCUCAUCUCAUCAGGAGAGAUCAGUGGGUCUUUCCUUUGCAUUUGCGUCUCACACUAAUACAAAUUUUCUCCCUAGACAUGUUUAUAGAAGCCAUUGGCUGAAUUACAUUUCAUGCAUUUUUCACACUGUAUUUUGAUGGAUGUUUCCUCCUUUUUUUUUUUAUUGUAGAUCUGCUGCAAGAGACCCAAAGGAAAAAUGAAGAAAUGGAAUCUCUGCAGCCGAAGCUACCGUUUAAACUUCUAUCUUGGGAAGAUACUAGUCAGACUGCAGUGAAAAAUCAGAAUGAAGCUCAAUUUGAAGAAAAAGCAGACCGUGUACAUGUAUUAGAAACGAGUACCCGAGUGGCCUUGAACCAUCUGGAGUCUGUGCCUGAGAAACUGAGCCUCCUAGAAGAUUUCAAAGACUUCAGAGAUUCCUGCAGUUCAUCUGAGAGAAUUGAUGGAAGAUUCUCUAAAUCCAUGUCUCCCCGACAUUCUCUUCAGCAGCGCCAAGAUGACACCAAGUACAGAAUCAAAAGCUUCAAGGGUGACAGAAGCUUUACUGAAGGUCCCCACACUUAUGGCUUAGAUCUCUCAUCCUCCUGGCGAGAUCACAGUUGCUUCCUGUCUAGUCCACGAUUUUCACACUUGAACUCAUUUACUAAAAGAACUGUUGCUCCAGAUUCAGCUUCAAUCAAGGAAGACGCCGCAAGUUUACCAAUGAGUGGAACCAGUCCACAAAUGAAGGAAGAAUAUGAAAGCAAAAAAGGCAAAAUGUAACUAGUUAUUUCACAUGAGUGUUUCCAAAUAAUAAUCACAUAUGUGUCCUUGCUGUGAUUGGCCCAGAUUGUUUAACAGACAUACCUGUUGCCCUGGCUCUUUGAUAUUGCCAAAUAUUAGUGAAAAUGACAAUACAGUUGGUCUUCAUGAAUGAUGUAACUUAAACCAACCCAAAUAAUACCAGGUCAUAAGUGAUGUGCAGCUAUUUAUUGGCAACUUUUGCCAGCAGAGAAAGAGUAAUAUUUUUCACUUUGCAUUUUCCUUUUUCAAGUGUGGUCAGUCACAUUUUCCUGACCAAAAUUUGGGUUUGUAAUUGAGGCCUUUCAGAAAUUGCAGGCUAAAAAGGAGGAAAAUUAGUUCCCCUUGAGGCAAAAGUUGCCAGCAUUUUAGACCAUUUAUAUACAGCUGAUUAUUUUAAAGAAUGCUUUCUCCCUAAUGAAUUAUCAUGUGUUAUAACAUGUCACGGAGAUAGGCAUAUAUCAUAUUAGUCUGCUUUAUAAGUGUUCAGAAUUGUAUACAGAAUCUCAGCAGUUUAUUACAACUUGUAGAUGUACAAUGUAAUA